UGUUUUUUGCUUAUUUUUAUGUUUAGGGUUGUCAUUUGUUUCCGUUCUAAUGUAAAUAUUGAUCACGAUAAUAACACCAAAUUGCAUUUGCCUCUAAUGUUCGAAGAAAAUAAUUAUUGGAAUAUGGGAGAUAUACCUAUACUCAAUAAAAAGGUGUUCAAAGGCAGGCGAGUGACAAUCCGGGAACAUCCUUACGUAGCGAGUAUUCGGCGGAACAUAAUGCAUUAUUCGGUAGCGACUGUCCUUACUAAAAACUUGUUCGUAACUGUGGCACAUCCUUUGAUCAACGUCCCACUUGAUCAGUUGGGAAUAGUGGUGGGUGAAAAUUACGCGGACCGAGGAGCCUCGUUGCUGACUGUGUUGGUCGUGAUCAUUCACGAGGCCUUCGACAAGUACACAUUGGCAGCUGACAUCGCCCUGCUAAGAGUCUUCGAAGAUAAUGGAGUUAUAUUAAAGGCGGGAAUGUUUUGCGCUGGUCGAUCUCGCGAGAAACAGCAAUUGGCGCCGUGUAUUGCAGUACCGGGAGCUCCAAUGGUGGUGAAAGGUCACCUGGCUGGCAUCCUCUCAUGGGGCUUCGGCUGCGGCUACGACCACGACCUGCCCCUAAUUUACACCAGCAUUCAGCACUUUCAACCAUGGUUGGUCCACAAUAUUCCGAUACUACGGCGUAUUACUGCAAAAAACCUGACUUUUCUAUUUGAAGCUAAACGUGCGUACGUUUUGACAAAAUGGCUUACCUUGACUAGGGUUGUACCUCCUAAGCCUUUCCAAGUACCUAAUAAACCUAUGGAGGUCAGGAAACUGGACAAAGUGCUCGCAAAGCUAAGAGGACAUGUGUACGACAUUAGGGACUAUUUAUACGGUGGAAUUCAUCACAAAUAUAAGAAAAGACUGUACGAGGUGAUAAGAGAGAGGAGAUAUAUGAGAAAGACCACAUAUGCGAAUUUCACGUAUAAUCCCCUAGAACCAUUUCUGGACCCGAAUGUUACAAUGACCACGAUAAAUGAUACAGAAGUUACACAUGGGGUACUGAACGUAAGUGACGAUGAUAGUGACACUGAAUAUUAUGAAUUUAUUCCAUAG